CGUCCCAUUUUUUCCCUUUGGCGCAGCGGCAAAACACAUUUCGAUAGACCUCGUCAAAGCCUCCUUAGCUUUUUGUUUUCUUGCGAAAUUAUUCGAUAGAGUGGUCGGCUUCCAGAUAUCUGCAUUCUAUAUAUUUUUCAACAUGACUGCCGAAGUCGCUGCCCGGAAAUGCAUCGGCGUGGAUUGUGAUAAGAACGCAGGAACGCUACAGUGUCCGACCUGCCUCAAACAAGGGACGGAUAGCUUCUUCUGCUCGCAGGAUUGUUUCAAGAAGAGCUGGAGCGAACACAAGACGAUUCACAAGAAGAGUAAUUUCCUGAGCAACCUCUUUACACCCAAAGUAGUUUCUGAACCAGAUCCAGCCACGGGGCUCUACAACCCCUUUCCGUCCUUCCCUUUCUGCGGCGACUUGCGACCUGUAUACCCGCUGUCUCCGCGGAGAACCGUCCCCAAGUCCAUCCCUCACCCCGACUACGCCAAGGAUGGCAUUCCCCGUUCCGAGCAGAAGUUUGUCGGUCGCCACAACAUCACGAUCUUGAACAAGGAGGAGCAGGAGGGGAUGCGCAAAGUGUGUCGCUUGGCUCGUGAGGUUCUGGAUAUCGCUGCGCGUGAGAUUAAGCCCGGUGUCACGACCGACUACAUCGACGAGGUGGUUCACAAGGCUUGCAUUGAGCGUGAUUCUUACCCGUCGCCGCUCAACUACGUCAAUUUCCCCAAGUCGGUAUGUACUUCGAUCAACGAGAUCAUCUGCCACGGUAUCCCCGAUCAGCGUCCCCUGGAGGACGGCGAUAUUGUCAACAUUGACGUGACCCUGUACCACAACGGUUUCCACGGCGACAUCAACGAAACCUACUACGUUGGCGACAAGGCCAAAGCCAACCCGGACGCGGUGCGAGUUGUGGAGACCGCGCGCGAGUGCCUGGACAAGUCCAUCGAGCUGGUCAAGCCCGGCAUGCUGUUCAGAGACCCCGGUAAUGUGAUCGAGAAGCACGCCAAGUCCCGCGACUGCAGUGUGGUCAAGAGCUAUUGCGGUCACGGUAUCAACCAGCUCUUCCACUGCGCCCCCAACGUUCCCCACUACGCAAAGAACAAGGCGGUGGGGACGGCGAAGCCCGGCAUGUGCUUCACCAUCGAGCCCAUGAUCAACUUGGGUACUCACCGCGACCGUACGUGGCCGGACGACUGGACCAGCUCCACCGCCGACGGCAAGCUGUCGGCACAGUUCGAGCACACCCUGCUGGUGACGGAGGAUGGGGUGGAGGUUCUGACCGCUCGCUUGCCGGACUCGCCUGGUGGUCCCAUUCCCAUUCCCGUGGUGGCUGAGGAGGCCAAGACGGAUGCUUAAUUCUGGAUAUCUCUACUGCAGUAUUAUACCAACAGUCACGAGAUAGAGCAUUCACGACGAGAUUUCUGUAACGUUCACGUAAAUGAUCUGGAAAUGGCAUGACCCAUACAGGACCAUCUUUGUGCUAGUCGGGCCGAGUAACAAUCGCAGCGAUAGAUGGAAUAAAUGCAUAG